GUUUAUUUUCAGAUACUAAAUAGAACCAUUUGGAGACCUGCUGUACUUUGGUAGACAUAGUGGAAUCUGUGGUUGUGAACUUGUAGAUACGGUAGAUUAUGGCAGCAGACAAGUCUCAGCACAAAGCGCCUUAUGGCAUGGAACCGUAUGAUCAAGGAGGCAUGCAGGAUUUGGGAGCUCUUAACCAAGAGCAGCAAUCUAAGCUAAAUAAGUUAAAAAUUCAAACUAGAGUUGAAAAUGAGAAAUAUUUGUAGGGAGCAUCCUGAAGUUGAAUCACUAACGGGGGGUUUUCUGAGUGAUGUUUUGACCAAGACUACAAUAUUCAAGAAUUUGCUGCCAAAUAUUUUAUUCAACCAGACUUAAAUAGUGUCGUGGAGAAAAGCUUGGAGGACAGGCAAAAUAACAUGAAACAGAACAGCCUCUUACAAAAAAAUAGUGAAAGUGGCGCAUACUCGGAAUAUGUAGAAUCUCUUCUCUUUUUUUUUUGCAAAAUUUUUUUUUACUUUCUUCCAUGUUAUAUUUAUUGUUGAUAUGAUAUGCAUAAUAUUAUUAUCAUAAAAUAUUAUUUUAAGCUC